GACCCUGGAGGUGACACAUGGACCCUGGAGGUGGCACAUGGACCCUGGAGGUGACACAGACUCAGCCAAGCUCCGGCCUGGCUCUGUCCCGGCCAGCCAGGGGUUUCCAACACUUUGGAUUCGGCAUUUCCUUUUCCACCCCUGCGUUCUGCCAGCCGGGCCAUCCCAGCUCAGGGAAUUCCGGCUCAUGCCGGCACGUUCCCGUGGAGCUGGACGUUCAUUUCCAGUCAUUAAUUUAACUGGAAAAUCCAGGUUUGACCUCACGUGAGCUGACCCACAGCUUCCUCCCGAGGGGCAGCUCCGAUCUCUGCUCUCUGUGACCAGGGGCAGGAGCCAGGGAACGGCUGGAGCCGCGCCAGGGCACGUUUAGGUCGGAAACUGGGGAAAGGUUCCUCCAUCCAGCAGAGGGUGGUCUGGCACUGACCACGCUCGCCACGGCAUGGGCACGGCCGCAAGGCUGCCGGAGCUCCAGGAGCGUUUGGACACGGCUCUCAGGGAUGCCCAGGCUGGGAUUGUUGGCAGGGCCAGGAGCCGGACAGGGACGAUGCUCCCUUUUCCGCCGCUAUUCCCCGAUCCCGGCAUUAGCGCGAUCCGGGCCCGGCCCGGCCCGAGCGCCCUCAGCGCCGCGGCGGCCCCGCCCCCCGCGCUGCCCCGCCCUUCCCGCCGCGCCUCCGCCAAUCAGCGGCGAGGGGCGGGGCCGCCGCGGGGCGCGGGAAUCUCCGGGCCGCGCUCCCAUUGGCCGGGGCCCGCGCGCCGCCGGGCCCGCGCGCGCCGCCAUCUUAGCGCGGGAGGCGCGCGGGGCUGAGGGGCGGCCGCGCUAAGGGGGAGGCGGCGGCGCCGCCAUGAGCGCUCCCGGCCCCGGUGCCGAGCCCGCCGCUCCGGAUCCCGGCCCCGCCGCUCCCGAGCCCUCCGCGCCCGAGCCCGCCGCUCCGGGUCCCGAUCCCGCCGCGCCCGCCGCCGGCUUCAGCCUCGGCCCGCUGCUCCGCACCCUGGAGGACCCCGUUGCCCCGCCGGGAGAGCUGACGGACGCGCACCUCACCAUCAUCAGCCGCUUGACUGGUGAAGGAGGCAAAGCGUUCACUGCAGAUGUCAGGAAACACUUCCCUCAGCUCUGCAAGGUGUUCAAGGCACACAUUUCCAGUCCAAACUUGGAGCUCAGUAAUGCAGCAUUGCAGGCCUUGGGAUUCUGCACCUUUAAUUCAAAUAACACAGCUGAAUUAUCUGCCUCUGAAAUCCAGGACCUGCUGGCAGCGGUGAACGGCGUCGCUGUGAAAUCCUCCGACAAAAACACUCGCACGAGGGCACUUUGGGUCAUCUCCAAGCAGGCAUUUCCUCCAGAAAUUGUUAAAAAGGAGGUGCCCAAUAUUCUCUCUACCCUGGAAACAAUCCUGACUAAAGGAGAAGUUCAGUCUGUUGUGGUUGAAUAUGAAGCACUUAAUGUCAUUAUACGCUUGAUGGAGCAAACUCCAGCGCAGAUGGGAGAGGAGGCUGUGAGGUGGGCGAAGCUGAUCAUCCCCCUGGUUGUGCACUCUGCCCACAAAGUGCAGCUCCGGGGCGCCACCGCCCUGGAGAUGGGGAUGCCCCUGCUCCUGCAGAAGCAGCAGGAGGUGGCAGCUGUCACCGAGCACCUGAUGACCACAAAAUUAAUUUCUGAACUUCAGAAAUUGUUUUCUACAAAAAACGAGACCUUCGUGCUGAAGCUGUGGCCCCUGUUUGUCAGAUUGCUUGGGAAGACCCUGCACCGCAGUGGCAGCUUCAUCAACUCCCUGCUGCAGCUGGAGGAGCUGGGCUUCCGCAGCGGCUCCCCGGUGGUGAAGAAAAUCGCCUUCAUUGCAUGGAAGAGCCUCAUUGAUAAUUUUGCACUAAAUCCAGACAUCCUGUGCAGCGCUAAAAGGCUGAAGCUGCUGAUGCAGCCCCUGAGCUCCAUCCACGUGAGGACAGAGGCGCUGGCACUGACCAAGCUGGAGGUGUGGUGGUAUUUACUGGUGAGACUGGGACCUCACCUGCCCUCCAACUUCGAGCAGGUUUGUAUCCCACUGAUCCAGAGUACCCUGAGUGUGGAUGCUGCUGCUGCAUUCCCAGGAACGCCCUCACGGCCCAGCAACCCCAGCCUGGGCUCAGCAACCCCUGCGCAGAAAUCAGGCGCUUUUCCCCUGGUGAGCCCGGGCACGCCCAGGAUGGCCCUGAACAGCAGCACUGCAGGAGGGCUGCUCUUCCCUUCCAUCCAGCUCCUGGGCAUUGAGAUGCUGCUCCACUUCCUCCUGGGACCACAGGUCGUGGAUUUUGCUAAGCAGAACAAGCUCGUGCUUAGUUUAGAGCCUCUCCAGUACCCACUGAUCAGUAGCCCUUCUUUUUUUUGCAAGCAUGCCAGCACUCUGAUAAAUGCUGUUCAGGAUGGCUUCGUUGCAAUUGGAAAAGAAGUUCCUGAUUGUUUGCUGAAUGUUAUCUGGAAGGACAUAAAUGGAUAUGUAAAAACAGCAAUUGAAGCAGGAAAUAAGAAAGAGAAGCAGGGCUCAGAAAUACUGACCAUGUUACUCCAGGCCCUAAAGAACAUUGUGAGAUCAAAUUCUCUGCCUGUGCAGAAAAUAUUGUCUCUCAUUGAUAUCACUGUCAAGGAGUUGCCUCCAAAGGUGUUGGGAUCCCCAGCUUAUCAGGUUGCUGAUAUGGAUCUUUUAAAUGGAACUCCAGCUCUGUUCCUAAUCCAGCUGCCCUUCCACAACAAUCUCUUGGAAUGCUGUGUGACAGACGAGAGGUUUUUUGGGAUGCUGGAAGCCCUGGUGGGGUUUGCCCUGUCUGGGCCCACCUCUGCCCUGGCUUUCAGCGAGUCCGUGCUCGGGGUCAUGGAUCAGAGCGCGGCGCACGUGGGCAGCAGGGAGCACCUCUGCAGGAUGUGGAGCAUCGUUGUUCACCCUCUCACCGAGUGGAUUAAUCAGAAUAACGAGGUGAACCAGGGGGACGCCCUGGAGCACAACUUCAGUGCUGUGUACAGUGCUUUGUUGCUGCCAGUAUCCCACAUUUUCCCCACUCAGGGAUUCCCACAGCCAACUUUGAAAUCCUUGUUGCGCACGUGGUCAGACCUGUAUCGAGCCUUUGCUCGCUGCGCUGCUCUGGUUGCAACAGCAGAAGAAAACCUGUGCUGUGAAGAGCUCUGUGCCAAAAUAUUAUCUGGGCUAGAAGGUGAAACAACAGUAGAGUUUCCCAUGCUGGAAGGUCUCACCCACCUCGUGUCAGUCAUGGUUGACUGCAUCAACUUUGCACCCUAUGGCACUAAAUUCCAGCCCAAAAACAGAUCUCCCCAGACCCCCACAGACUGGGCUAAGAAGAAAAAGGAGCCCCUGGGCAAACUGGCCUCUCUCUUCAAGCUCCUGCUGCUGCUCCUGAACUCCUUCCACGAGUUCAGCUCCAAGGAGAUCCACGCAGAGUCCCUGAGUGCCUUGGGCCCCUCCCUGCUGAACGCCCUGCACACCAUCCUCAGCCACAUCUCGCUGCCCUCGCUCAUCGGGGCCACCUUUGCCAUUUUCUCCAAGCCCUUGGCAGUGUUUUAUGAGAAAACCAAGCUCCCUGAGGUGCCCAAAGUCUACAGCAAUCUGAACAACAAGCUGGAGAAGCUGCUGGCGGAGGUGCUGCAGGGCCUGCAGUGCCACUGCGCGGGGCGCUGCGACUCGGAGCUGCUGCGGCAGCUGAGCCCGGUGCUGUGCGCGGCGCUGCAGCACGGCAGCCGGCAGCUGCGGCAGCAGGGAGCGCUGCUCUGGAACCGCACCUUCGCCACCGCCAGCGGCCUGGCCUACCCCGACGAGCUGCGGUCUGUGUUAAGCCAGGCCAAGAAGAAAAUCCCUCUGCUGCUGCCGGGUUUUGAGAGCAUUGAGGUGUCUGAGGAGUGCAGCGGGCCCUUCUCUGACAUGAUGGAGAAUUCCCAGCUGGAUGCCAAGAUCAGUGGGAUGGAGGUGAAGGUGGGACAGAAACGAGAUUCAAUCCUGGCACAGACGAGUGAAGCAAGAAAUGAGGGCAAGGACAAGGCCAGCAACCUGCAAGCAACACCUGCAAAGUUAAAACUAGAAUUUUCAUCUCCUAAGAGAACAAGUGAGACACUUCUGGAAGAGGAGAAAUCUGUUGAUUUUGUGUUUAUUCCUCCAGAAACAAAACCAAGAAUACUGACAGAACAUCAGAAAGAAGUGCUUAGGUCAAAGAGAGCUGAUAUUCCUGCCAUGUACAACAACUUGGACGCGUCCCAGGACUCCACCUCCUUUUCCCAGUACACCCAGAGCCAGGAGGAUUCCUUGGAAGCACCACCUUUGGUAGAAGAUGCCAAAGAGGACACUGCAAACCAGCCUCAGGAGGAGAAGGCGGGGAGUGAAGGAUGUCACCCAGAGGAGAGCCCAGCCUGCAGCAGCGACGGGGACGCCAAAAACGACACAGCCGAGAUGAUCCCAGAGGAAACAUCCACGGGAGAGGCACCGGACACGAGUUCUGAGGGAGCAGCGUCCCAGGAGGCCCCGGCAGGGAGGGAGGACAGCCCCAGUGUCAGCAGCAGCUCAGCCUCCAGCGACAUCAUCUCGGGCACGCCGCAGCCCGUCAGCCGGCGCCAGUCCUUCAUCACCCUGGAGAGAUUCGGGGCUGCAGAGAGCCCCAGGACCCCCAGCCCAGCCCCCCUGAGCUCCGUGCUGGAGCUGCCUGGGAGCGCCCCCGGGGCAGCCCCUCAGGAGCUCUGCAGGGCCAGGGCAGAGAGGUCUGCAGAGGAGAGCAGGAGCACUCCCGGGGCAGCCCCUCAGGAGCUCUGCAGGGCCAGGGCAGAGAGGUCUGCAGAGGAGAGCAGGAGCACUCCCGGGGCAGCCCCUCAGGAGCUCUGCAGGGCCAGGGCAGAGAGGUCUGCAGAGGAGAGCAGGAGCACUCCCGGGGCAGCCCCUCAGGAGCUCUGCAGCGGCAGCAGGGCCAGGGCAGAGAGGUCUGCAGAGGAGAGCAGGAGCGCCCCGCGGGCCAAGGCGGGCGCCGGGCGCAGGGUGACGCGGCGCCAGAGCAGGAUGGAGCUGCAGGGGGGCAGAUCCAAGCCCCUGAGCAGGCCCGAGGAGCCCCAGGGCUGUGACAGCCCGGAGAGCAGCGCCGAGCUGGGCUCUGCAGGGCAGGACGUGGAGCAGGCCCUGCCCAGCCAGCCCCAGGCCCCGCGCCCCACGGAGGCAGACCAGAGGGGAGAGGAUGCGGUGGCAGAGACGGAAAAGGCCCAGGGGCUGGACAUGGACUCCAAGGAAAACACCCCCCCAGACAGCAGCAGCUGCCCUGAGCAGGCCCCCGGGGAUGAGAGCCAGGGGCCAGCAGUGUCCUCUCAGCAGAAACAGCUCCGGCGCUCCGCCAGGAGACGCUCCGAGGCUCUGGAGAGCUCCUCGGGCAGCCAGGACAAGGAGGAGGGGCCCCCAAAGAGAGACAGGAGGAAAGAGGAGGAGAGAGCUGGGCAGAGGAAGCUGUCCCAGGGGAAAGGUGACGGAUCCCAAAAGCAGAAAGGAAUUCCUGGGAAAACGACAGAAAACACAAAGGAGAGCAGCCAGCCUGAGAGAGUGGCAGAGGACUGGAGCUCCAAGGACUCUCCUGCUGGCAGGGGCCUGGACGAGGAGGGGGGCAGAGGUGCCAGGAGGGCAGAGGAUCCCCCCAGGCCCGAGGGGGAGGGCCAGGGCAGCCUGGGCACAGCGGGGCAGAAGGUGGAGCGCCCACGGUACCACACCAGGAGAUCUUCCCAAGGUUUGCUGUCCAGCAUAGAAAACUCCGAGGCUGACAGCUCUGAGGGCAAGGAGGAGAGCACAAGGAAGAAAAAACCCGUGAAAGUGAGGAGCAGAAGCAAUUCUCUGGAGGGUAAAUUGAAAGAGGGACAGGCAGGGAGCCAGAGCCUUGAGGGAUCUUCCCAGGGAAAUGAAACCAAGAGUGCACCAGAGGCAAAGAGAGCUGAACCUGAGGCCAGCACGGGGGCUGCAAUGCCAGCAGAACCAGGUGGCCUGGAAAAGCAGGGAAUUCCUGCAGCUGCUGGAGAGGCUGUGGGGUCUGGCAGCUCUGGGAGCCCAGGGGCUGUGCAGGACACCAGCGUGGGGCAGAACAAGGCUGAUGCAUCCAUGGAGUCCCUCAGCAGCCCCCGUGUGUCUGAGCAGGACGGGAGAGCAGCAGAGGAGAGCAAACAGGAGGAGAAGCAAAGCAGCAUCGGGGACAGUGCACCUGCAGCAAAUGUUUCAGGUGCUGAGCCCUCCCCUUUGCAAAGCCCCGAGUGCCAGAACAAGAGAAGCAAAAGGGUGAAAAAAAUCAAGAGCUGUGAUUGCUGCUUUAAAAAACCAAAGCAGCAGGUGACUGAGUCAAAGCUCACCGAGUCCAAAAAGGAGAAAGCUCCUGAGCUGGAGGAGCCUGAGAUCGCCCCGGUCCAGACACCCGGGAAUGGCUCUGGUCACUCAGACCUGGAGGAGAGCUGGGCCCUGGCUCCGUGUGGAACCAGCACCCCUUUGCCCCCUCCCAAGGAACCCGGCACCUCCCGCCUGGACAGCCAGGGAAGGGCUGGGGAGAGCCUGCAGGGAGGCAGGGACGUGCUGGGGGAGAACCCAGAGGGGUCAGCAGCUGAAACCACCGAGUCCAUGGAGGAGGUGAAGGAGGAGCCUGCUGAGCAGAGGGAGCAAACGGAGCAGGUUCUGCCUGAGAGCGUUCCUGAAGAGCCCAGGGAGAGCUGCCUGGGCCCAGGGGACCGAGGGGAGGAACCAGCAGCAGCAGAAAAGGAAGAAAUCAGUGAAAAUGGGCAGCUGGAAGAGAUGCCUGAGGAACUGAGUGUUGACAGCAAACCUGAGGAGGAGGAGAUUAAGGAGCUGGAAGGAAAUCAGGAGAGUAAAGGAGAAGCUGAGAACUCUGCUGGAGAAACUUGUGUUGUUGCAGCAGAUGAAGAGAUGAAGGAGGAAUUGGUGGACACUGAAAUCAAAGUGCCUGAAAACGCAGCCUUGGGCAGUGUGAGUGAGGAUUCCCCCCUGAAGGUGGAAGGGCAGCCCUCGGUGCAGGUGGCUGAGAGCCCCACCAGCCUCCAGGCCCGCUGCACGUGGUCCCCCUCAGCCUCCCCCUCCACCAGCAUCCUGAAGAGAGGCGUCAAAAGGAGCCAGGAGGAUGAUUCCCUGUCGCCUGCCAAUAAGAUCCGCCGAGUCUCCUUUGCAAAUCCCAUUUUUCAGGAGGGGCUGGCAGACGACAUCGACAGGAGGAGUCCUGUCAUCAGAUCCCAUUCCUCACCCUCCUCCAGGAGUCUUAAAAUCCUCUCUAACAUGCAGCACAUUACCACUCCAACCAAAGGAUUUCUGUCCCCAGGAUCUCGUACCCUUAAAUUUAAGAGCUCAAAGAAGUGUUUAAUCACAGAAAUGGCCAAGGAGUCUCUGCCGUGCCUUACCAAGUUCGUGUAUCCUGCCCUGGCUGGCUGCAAGGCCCCUGUGGAUGUCAUUUUACCUCAGAUCACAUCCAACAUCUGUGCCAGGGGCCUGGGGCAGCUCAUCAGAGCCAAGAACAUCAAGACCGUGGGAGACCUGAGCACUCUGACAGCUCUGGAGAUCAAAACUCUGCCCAUCCGCUCCCCCAAGGUGUCCAAUGUCAAAAGAGCUCUGAAGGGAUACCACGAGCAGCAGGUAAGAUCUCGAGCGCUGGAGGAAAGCACGGUGCUGGAAGAUGCUGAGAAGCCUGGGAAUGACGUGGAGGAGAAAUCCCUCAGUGGAGAUGAGGAAAAGCUUGCAGCAGAUCUGGCAGACCCGGGCAGCGGCGGCGGCAAUGGGGAGCGGCCCCCGGCGGAGCUCCAGGAGCGGGUCCAGGCGGAGCCCCCGGGGCGGAUCCCGGCGGAGCCCCCGGGGCAGCCCCCAGCGGAUCUCCCGGGGCAGAUCCAGGCUCUGGCAGCCCAGCUGAGCUCGCAGGACCUGCGGGGCUACUCGGGCCGGGAGCUGUUUGAGAUGCAGGAGCGGCUGGCGGGGAUGGGCGCGCUGGUCCUGGGCGCGCUGCGGGCCCGCUGGCACUCCCCGCCCCACCCCGGCCCCGAGUAGCAGCAGCCACGCUCAGCAGGAGGACCUGGCUGCAACACUUCCCUCACUUGUUUCCUUACUGCUCAGUUACUCCUUCAAUCUGCAUUUGUCCUAGAGGAUAUUUUUUUAACACCUCCAUGAUUUUUUUUUUCCUUUUUUUUUCCUUUUUUUUUUCCUUUUUUUUCCCUUUUUUUUCCUUUUUUUUUUUCCUUUUUUUUUCCUUUUUUUCCCUUUUUCCCCCCCUUUUUUUCCCCUUUUUUCCCCCCUUUUUUUCCUUUUUUUUUUUUUUGUUGAAUUUUUUUCCCCACCCCUGAUUUGUGGGACUCUUCCCUCCCUGGCAGAGGUGUUUCUGUGGGAUUGCUAUGCAUCGUUCUUUCAGGCAGUGAAAGAAAACCUGACAAAGCUGUGCAAUAGCAAAGACUGUGACAAACCAAACCAACAGAGUAAUUAAAUUAUUUUUUUUUUCAAAUCCAAAGUGUUCUUACUGCUGCAGACCCUUGCUGUGGGGUGAGAGCUGCAGCUGCCAGCUGUGCCCCUGCUGUUCCUCGGGAGCUGCUGCAGCUCUGGCAGCACGUGUGGGGUGAGCUGGGCUUCAUUCCUUCCAGCAGAGCCUGGCAUUUGUACUGGAUCUAUUUUUCCAUGUAUUUUUGUACCACUCGAGCUAAGGAGUGCUGAGGAGAUGAGCUUGGACAGGUGAAAGACUCUGCAGAGCCCCCCAGGCUUUGUCCCAUGGCCUUUGCUGGCAGCAGUUCUCCUUGUGGGAAGACUUUUCCACGGGGAAAUGGAGGGAUUGGACAAGAGCUCUUUGUAUAUUGUGUACAGACUCACAGCAGAUGUUGGGUAAUAAUUUAUGGAGUUUUAAUUGCAUGGACUGCAUUGCUGCUUCUUGGAGACCAGCCAGGAUUCCCGGGUUUUCCCUCUGGAAUUCUGAUCUGUAUAUAUUGUACCGUUGCUACCCAGAUGGAUGUUUAUUGAAAGGAACUGCUGCAGGUGGUUUUAGAACUUUUACAUGGGCAAAUAAAAGAGCAAAUAGUUCCCAAA